UUGAAUUAAUCCGAAGAUGUACUCUUCUGUACUGGCAGUCGUUCUGCUGUUGGCUGCAGCCGGCCACGCCAAGUUCAUUACACGAAUCUACGGCGGAGACAGCGUCGAGAUCGAGACAUAUCCGUACCAGGUCAGCGUACAGAAGUGGAAUCUCCACCACUGCGGAGGCUCCAUCGUCUCGCCGUACUGGAUCCUGACGGCCGGUCACUGCGCCUUCCCGGAUGACCGGGUAGUGAUCAAUGUCCGAGCAGGUACCUCGCUCGUCGAGCAAAACGGCACCGUGCACCGAGCCGCCAAGAUCAUCCAGCACCCGGGAUUCGGCGUCAAUUCCGAUGGCCUCCCCGUGGGUGACAUCGGCCUGAUCAAGCUCGCCGAUCCCAUCGUCUACGACGAGCAGCACCAACCGAUCGAGAUGUUCGAGCAGGACGAGGAGACCGUGGAGAACGCGAGGGCCGUCGUCUCGGGCUGGGGCCGGACUCCCACGAACAGGCGGCCGAGCCAGCUCCAGGCCGUCGCCGUGCCCGUCAUCUCCAAGCGCACCUGCAGCGAUCUCAUCCGCGAGAAGUUUGGCCCGCUGCCGUCGGGCCAGAUCUGCACUCUGGUCCUCGGUGUCGGCGGCAAGGGCGCCUGCCUGGGUGACUCCGGCGGCCCACUGGCCGUCGGCAAUCGCCUCGCCGGUGUCAUCUCUGGAAGCGAGAGCUGCGACGGGCCCUUCCAGCCCGGCGUAUACAGCGAGGUCGCUUUCUAUCGCAACUGGAUCGAGCAGGUCAUGAGGGAAAAUUGAAUCUGGUUCGAUUCAACGAGAGUAGUCGAGUUUUUUUACCUAGCGUAGUUGAUGUAACUUAAAUUUUGUAACUUUGUCGCCGUAUGAAAAUGAACGAGAAAAAUAAAUAAAAUUCAUAUUA